ACUUGGAGAAACAACUACACCGGAGACGCAUUGGAGACGCAUGACAGUCUGUUAACGCCGUGUUUUCCCACGAGUGUUUGUGUCCACCUUUUUAAAAGUCUGUCUGCUCUGAGGAUUCAUGAAGACGUAAAGGUGCCAAAAAAGUGCCAGCUCUUUGGGUUCUACCGAAAAAAAAAAAAAAGGGAGCCAUGGAUUAUAUGAAAAAUCACAAUACUUAUCUCUCCAUCGUCAUUUUGAUAGUCAGCAGCACCUGCCAUGCUCUUCUAGACAGCUUUCUAGAGGAGAACUUCUCAGAUCCCUUGUUUUCUCACCAUACGGACUCAGAAGACGACAGCCAAAUUACCUCCUGUGAUUUUGAGUCACUGUGCCUCUGGACUUUCUCAAAUCACAGUGACCAGAGCGACUGGACUGUCGUGUUGCCACAGCAACAAGAAAAAACACCAGGUGCGGUGAUACCUGUAUCCGACCACUCAAGGGGAAGCUCUGAUGGACAUUUUCUGCUCCUCAGUUCUUCACCUGCAGCUGAGGCUUCUGGGAGAUGUGAGUACUACUUGACCAGCUCGGUUCUACCAGGAAGCAACGAGCACUGCACCUUUAACGUGGCUCUGUACCAAGCUGGUCCAGUUACAGGGAAUUUCACACUUCAGAUCAAACCAGUUCUCUCAGGGUCCGCUGUUAACUCUGUGGUCCUCAACCCCGGGAGACGAAACAGCCACAGGCCAAAGUGGGAGCUGGUGGAGGCUGUGAUUGGCAAAAUGGAAGAGCCCUUUCAGGUGACUUUGCUCUACACUUCCUGUGUGGGUGAAGGAGGAAACACUGUGGCCUUGGAUUCGCUGGAGUUCAGAAACUGUGAAGCAGACCACCAGGGCAUGGAGCUGAACAGAGCAUGUGGCGAAUCGUUCCACUGUGAGGAUUCAGGCGACUGCAUCGACCAGAGCCAAGUGUGCGACUUCCACACAGACUGUUCUUAUGGAGAGGAUGAGGGCUUCAUAUGUGGUGCUCUUCCAUUUGGCUCUUACUGCUCCUUUGAAAGGGACGCAUGUGGCUGGUCAGUGUCCAACCGGCGUUCAGCUUGGAGGAGGGUCACCGGAGACGAGCUUCUGGACAAAGAUGACAUACAAGGUGUCACUCUAAGGGGCACGCCAGGGCACUUCCUGUUUCUGCAGGUAAGACCAAGCAGUUCCCUUACAGAGGCGUCCGUCCACAGCGUUUCUUUCCCUCCUCCAGUCUCCACCACCGACUGCCAGUUGCAUUUCUCUCUGUACCUGUAUGGAGACUUUAACGGCACAUUGAUGGUGGCUAUAGAGGAGAAUGGGACGGCCGCCACUCCACUGGUCUGGGAGAGAAAUGGACAGUGGUCAGACAACUGGGACGAUGUCGCCCUGCAACUUACAGGCAUUUAUCAUGGGUUUCGAGUUAAGGUGACAGCUGUGUGGGGACCAGGCUCCAGUGCUGAUAUCGCUCUAGAUCACAUUGCCAUUGGUGCAGCCUGCUUUGACACAGAUCUCAACUCUCUUCUGCCUAUGGUGGACUUGGAGGACUUCCUAAGUCCACUUCCAGAGCCUUCAGCGUCAGAGGUUUCUUUGAUGACAUGGUGGUUUAACUCUUGCGGUGCCAGCGGUCCACAUGGCCCGACCCAGGCGCAGUGUGACAGCACGUACAGGAAUAGAAAUGUCAGUGUUACCGUGGGGAAGGAAGGUCCAUUAAAAGGAGUCCAAAUGUGGAGAGUGCCUGCUACAAACAGAUACCUGAUCUUUGCCUAUGGGGCUGCAGGAGGGAAAGGUGCCAAAAACCACAACAAGCGCAACCACGGGGUCUUUAUAUCUGCCAUAUUUCCUCUGGAGAAAGGAGAUAUACUUUACAUCUUGGUGGGCCACCAGGGAGAGGACGCGUGCCCUGGGAGAAACCACGAGACUCAGAGGAUCUGUCUGGGAGAGUCAUCAGUGAUUGAAGACAACUUCAGAGGAGAGGACAGUGCAAAGUGGGCAGGGGGAGGAGGUGGAGGAGGAGGAGCCACCUACAUCUUCAAGAUGGAGGGAGGUGAGCUGGUUCCCUUGCUGAUCGCAGCUGGUGGAGGGGGAAAUGCCUACAUGGAGGAUCCGGAGUCUGGUUUGGAUCAGAUACCACUGGAGCAGUAUGAGAACAGCACCACAGCGCCCAGUACCAGUGGUCGAACUGGAGCUGCAGGUGGAGGCGGUGGAUGGAAGGACAGUCCCAGUCCUUAUCUGAGGGCUGGGAAGUCUCUUGUGGAAGGCGCCGAAGGGGGGCGGGCGUGUCCUCUGGCCUUGUCCAAAUUCAGCUGGUCCACCUUUGGGGGUUUUGGAGGCGGAGGUGGGGCCUGUACCGCUGGGGGAGGAGGAGGAGGGUACAGAGGAGGUGAUGCUGCGCUGAUGGAUGACAUCACAGCCGAUGGUCAAGACGGGAUCUCAUUCAUUCAUCCAAUGGGAGAGAUUUUCCUGGAACCGCUGGCAGCCAUGGAGAGUCACGGCGAGUGUGAGAUCAAGGUGCAGCUGAACUGUAGCCACUGUCAGAUGCAGAGCUGCAAACGAGAUGAAGAAACCCACCACAUCCUCUGUCUGUGCCACGACGAUGAAGUCCUGGCCAGUGACAAUGUAACGUGUAUCAGUAGUGUAGCAGCGCCUCAAGGUCCGGUGCCGCAGGGCCAGAUGUCGACGUCGCUGAUCCUGGCGGUCGUUACCUCCACCGUCGCUAGCCUCAUCGCCCUGAUCUGUACCGGUGUCAUCCUCAUUUGGUACCGCAGGAAGAAUGAUUUGCACGCCGUGAGGGGGCGUCUGCAGAGUCCAGAGUACAAGCUGAGUAAGAUCCGCUCCUCCACCAUCAUGACGGACUACAACCCCAAUUACUGCUUUGCAGGAAAGGCAGCUUCACUCAGCGAAUUGAAAGAAGUACCACGCAAGAACAUCACACUUCUCAGGGCUCUCGGCCACGGUGCCUUUGGUGAAGUCUAUGAAGGACAAGUUCUGGGGAUGAGCACCGAUAACAGCCCCAUGCAGGUGGCCAUAAAGACUCUUCCAGAAAUCUGCUCUGAACAAGAUGAGAUGGAUUUCCUGAUGGAGGCACUGAUUAUGAGUAAGUUCAGCCACGACAACAUCGUGCGCUGCAUUGGCGUCAGCCUCAGCAUCCUGCCGCGCUUCAUCCUGCUGGAGCUGAUGACCGGAGGAGACAUGAAAAGUUUCCUCAGACAGAACAGGCCUCGAGCUGGACAGACCACUUCACUCACCAUGCGAGAUCUGCUACAGAUGGCAAGAGAUAUCGCCUGUGGCUGCCGCUACCUGGAGGAAAAUCACUUCAUACACAGAGACAUUGCUGCUAGAAACUGCCUGUUAACCUGCCCUGGACCUGACAGAGUAGCCAAGAUUGGAGACUUUGGGAUGGCACGAGACAUUUACAGAGCCAGUUACUACAGAAAAGGCGGGCGAGCCAUGCUACCAGUCAAAUGGAUGCCACCUGAGGCCUUCAUGGAGGGGAUCUUCACCUGCAAAACCGACACAUGGUCAUUUGGAGUACUGCUGUGGGAAAUCCUCUCUCUGGGUUACAUGCCAUACCCAUGUAAGACCAACCAGGAGGUUCUGGAGUUUGUCACCAGUGGAGGCAGAAUGGACCCUCCCAAAGGCUGUCCAGGGCCCGUAUAUCGGAUCAUGACCCAGUGUUGGCAGCACUGUCCUGAACACAGGCCCAACUUCUCAACCAUCCUGGAGAGAAUCAACUACUGCACACAGGACCCAGAUGUGAUCAACACCCCCCUACCAGUGGAAUAUGGGCCGACCACAGAGGACGACGCUGUAAUCCGUCCCUCUGACCACACCUCCAGCAGCCUUACUCCACUCCUGGUGUCCCACCCUGUUUCCCAGGAUUCCCCCUCCCAGCUCGGCCUCUCCUCUCUGGGCCUGGGUGCCGCUCCUCUUCCCCUACAACCCGCCAAACCCCGUCUGCUUCUACAAAGAACCCAACCCAUUCACCAUGAGGUGACAUCGUGCUGCGAGGCGCUGGAGCCGUCCUGGGCCGAGCCUGUUCCUGCCCCCGGUUUGCUGUGCACAGGAGGCCACUGGCUCCACCCUGAACCUCCGCAUCACAGACCCUGCUCCAGGAACAGCUCCUCAUCAGGGAGUCAGCGGCUGAAGAACAAAACUAAGAACCUGUGGAACCCCACGUAUGGCUCUUGGGUUCUGGAGAACUUCAGAGGAAAGAAAACACUGGCUCAUACUCAGUCCAUGCCACUGUCUACUUCCACGUCCUCCACCUCCAACGCGCAGGUUCCCCAGACCUGCAGCCCAAACUCUGAAUGCAAUGAGAGCGUGUGCGACAGUACCAACAGCAGCCACCUAAACCCUGCUGGCCUCUGCACGUCCUCAUCUCCAUCGCCGUCCUGCCAGGCUCAGUCUGCCCCUAAUGGGUCUUCUCAUAAGACAGGAACAAGCGGCACCACACCAGGAAGCUCAAAAGCUGGAAUGGACCUGGCUAAGCUGCAGAGUUUCCCCUGCGGUAACGUCAAUUACGCUUACGACGAGCAAAGCUACGAGACCGAGAGUCUGCCCCUGGUUAAACCCAAAGCCCCUGAAGCCAUCACAAACACCAGCUCUGCCCCCAGCGUGUCCACAGGGACGGGCCUGGGGCUGGCGUUAGGCCUCCACACGUCCUCAUCCGGCAUGCCCAAGCUGCUGCUGAAACGCCAUGCCAGCUACGGACACGAGGACGUGAGGAGACACACCAAAGCCGAGAAACCCACACGUGACCGAGACUCAGGAUUUUCACUGUCUGAAGACCUCAGCGUUACCCCAAUCUAAGAAACAACUGAUUGUUAUUGAGGAUUUUUCACUGAUUUGAGUUCUAGACUGUCACUUGGAGCCCCUUUUCACUGCUGGUACACAAACUAACACUAAACAUUUUGGAUUU